AUGGAUACGCGCAAUGCGAGUUUUGAUCUAUCUAGAAGUCAAGAUAUGGAUAAUUUACUCAAUUUAUUAGAAAACGGAACAAUAUCGGGUCUCGAAAAAGAGAGUGACGAUGAAAUUGUACAGGCAAUACCACAAAAAAAUGUUCGUGUAGGUAGUAACAUAACGCUACCAACCGAAAGAGAGAUAGGUAAUCACUCUGAAGAGGAGGACGAUAUAGUAGAGGAAGAAGACUUAGAGAAGGUAGAAUCUUGA